GCGGCGGUAGACAAAGGAGUUAAUGUGGUGAUGUAAAAACGACGUCAGUGCCUCUCAAAGACACCUUCUUGUGUGCGUUUGAAGAAGCUCCUGAGCUCCGAGGCUCCGUAGUGCUGAAAGGACAGCUCCUCCGCUCUCUGACAUCUGCAGAUAUGUUCACCCGGAUGUUAAAACUGAGACUUCUCAACGCUGUAGCACCUGCGUACUUUUUCACCGCUACAGCAGUCACCUUCAUUUUGCACUUUGGCUUCUUCAUACCAACAAUUUUCCCAAGUCAGGGUACAUCACUGGAGGGGUCCAAAGUUUUACAUACAGUUAUUUUCCUUUUCUUGAUGUUCAAUGCGUUAGGGAAUUACAUAAUGACUAUUAAAUACCCAGCUGAGAGUGCCAACGAGACUGUGAUUCCAGUGUGCUCACCACACUGCUCGGAUAAAGUGGACGCGCACUACCUCCUGAACGGCCGUCACUUUUGCAAACUUUGCAAGAAGGUUAUCCUUAAGAGGGACCACCACUGUUUCUUCACUGGAAACUGCAUCGGCAACAAAAACAUGCGCUACUUCAUCAUGUUCUGCAUCUACACAUCCUGCACAUGUUUAUACUCUUUGGUUCUUGGCGUGGCCUUUCUAACAGUGGAGUACUCGAUCUCUUUUGAGAACCCCCUGACCUUUUUGACUCUUCUCCCGUUCUCCACUGGUUACUUCUUCAUGGGAACAAUCUCAGGCCUGCAGUUGUUCCUGGUGCUGAUGCUGUACGUGUGGCUGGGCAUCGGUUUGGUGUGUGCAGGUUUCUGUUGUCAGCAGGUGCUGCUGGUGGCCCGGGGGCAGACAUGGUGUCAGAUGCAGAGAGGGCAACUUGCAGAGAAUCGCAACCCCUGGAGAGCUAACCUCAAGGACGUCUUUGGCACCCGCUGGAUCCUUGGCCUUAUACUGCCUGUGCAGACAGUGGAGACGUGCUCUGAAGACGCAGAUGUCCAUAAACAGGACUAAGGAAAAACCGCAUGUCGUAACAAUAGCUCCCCACAGGUCAAAAAAGCGACACGUUGUAGAAAAUGCUGUCUAAAGACCCAUGUGGUGAACGAUUUUGAACACAGAGAGGAUGCUUUUUGACAUUUAAAAUAGUCUGUGAAAUAGCUGUUAGCACACAUUCCUUUAAGGACAGGAGCCAUACAAGCAGUGUGAAAUAAGCGCGUAGUCUAAGUGUAUCCUUUAGGUAGCUUUUUUUAAAAGGCAAUAUUAAGACAAAUAAGUUGGUCGUUUUUGGAAAUCCAGCAGUUUUACUUACACUACUAUAAACGCUUGCAUGAAAAUAUAACGAUGGCUUUGCAUGCCUUCACAGCUUUGCAGUUUUGUAUUAUUUGACAGCCUGUGCCAUGCGGUGCUCUGAGAUUAUCAAAGUGCAAUGUUCUUCCACACAUCCUAUUAAGAUGCUACAAAGCAACGUUCAGGAAACUCUGGGUAGUUUUCAUGACAAUGACUCACGUUUGUCGUUAAGGGCUAUCAGACAAGGAAGCCGUUUGUCUGCAGCAUAAACUGCCGGGCUUGACAAUACUGUUGUGACAAUUACAUGUUUAGCCUGAUGUACUCUACUCAAAGUAAUGUGACUCAGGCAGUGUGAAGAGGGAAUGCUCCUUUGGAAAAAUGGGUGGGAAAGAUGAUUAAUAUACGAUUAUCCAGGGUUAUUAUUCACAAUGUGCCAUAAAGUCAUUUCUUAUUUGCUUAUAGAUGACCCCAAAGAUGAGGUAUUCACUACACUGCUAAUAAUAAGGCGCUCUGCAUAAUAAUAUUAUUAAGGACUUUUCACUGUUAUUCUGCGACUCCAGCUACGAAUACACUGCUCAUGUCGAACAGGUUUUGGGUUUCAAUAAGUAUACUUUCUAGAGAUAUUUUGUCUAUUCCUGUUAUACCAAUAAAAGUAUUCAAAUCACAGCAAGUGAUUAAUUAUUGUCUUUAAUAAUGACACACUGGUCUUCAACAGUUUUACACAAAGCACACUUGACAAUAUCAGAAAAAAAGUAUCCAAACUGUAAUAAUUUGCCACCCUCCUUUUGCCCUUUUAAAACCAAGACUGCUUUUGAUUCAUUUUUAAUAUUCAGGUUAAUUACUAAUGAUCGGGGUAUGCAAAUCGUGGUCCUGAAAACAAAUCAAAGUGAACCUAGACUUAAUAUUUAACUUGUGUUUAUGAUUUUUAUACAGUAACACUGAAUGCAUUAUCUAACCACACUGUGGGUUGUUAUACAACUUCAAAGAAGAAUAAUAAAUCUUUGGAAACCCUUAAGUAUAUUAAACUUUCUCCCAAAUUAAGCUCAAAAAGAAAUAAAGAAAUCUUAGCUGCUCAAGCAUUGACAUAACAUACAACAUUAACUUAAAAAAAAAAAGAGGUGCAGGGCUUCUGAUAAACAUAUAUAUUCACAUUAUCUUAUGCUUAUGUUUAGAGGCAA